AGAUCGACAACUUGUUCCCCCCCACCCCCCUCUCGUGCGCGACAGGUUCUUUUUUUUUUUUAUACAUGCUAAAGCAGAUUUUGUUUAGCAAUUUAAGCCCAAAGAAACUAAGUGAGCUACAUAAACAAUAAACAACAGAAACAGAAAGACAAAAAAAAUAUACAAAACAAAAACAAAACAAAACAAAAACAACAAGAGCAGCAAAAUGGCUGCACAACAGCAGCUAUUGGCUUUGAUGUCAUCGGCCUCCGGGCACAACAACAACAACAGCCCCGAGCCACUGUACGAUCUGUCAUUGAUGGCCGUUGUCAACGGCCUGGACUGCAAAGUGCCGACACUGGAGCGCAUUAGCAAGCUGCCGGAGCUGCCGCGCAAUCUGCUGAUCGAUGUCUACGAGCUGAUGUCACAGCGCGAAGAUCUGAAGGAUACACUCUUGGAGGAGCUGUCCAAUCUGGAUGUAUUCCGUCCACUCGUACGCUACACAUCGGCGCGCGGCAAGCUGCUGCGCAUUGUCGCCGCAUUGAUGGCCAGCAACAAGACGCUGCCGCAUCGCCUCAGCGAAGCCUACGUGGGCCGCUAUGCUCUGUCCCAGACAGAGGCACAGUACAAUGAAGAGGCCGAUGGCGAUGGCGAUGGCGAUAAGGCGGGGGCAUUGGCAACUGCAGCCGGAGCUGCAGCUAAAGCCGAAGCUGGAGCUGGAGCUGGAGAGGCCGCCGCCUUGCUGCCGCAAAUUGACUAUGAUAAAACGCAAAUUAUUGACAUUGCCGCCAGCUGCCUGAGCCACAUGACUCUCAGCGACAAACAGACAGCAGCUGCAGCUGCAGCUGGAGCCGGAGAUGGAGCUGGAGAUGGAGCUGCCGGCGAAUCAGUGCCAAUGGAAGCGCUGCCCGAUGAGGAUAUCAUGGCCAUCGAUUUGGGUCUGCGUCUGGGCAGCUUUCUGUCCGUGGCCGGCUGGAUGCAGGAGAGCAUUUCAGUGUUGUCCUGCCUCAACGAAAGACUGAAACGCAUGCGGCCCUUCAAAGAUGAGCUGGUCUUGCGUCUCGAUUGCCUGCAGCGCCUGCUCUACGCAGAGUCGUCGCAUUGCAACUUUAAGAUGGCCCAGAAGACCUUUGGCGAACUGAUGGAGCUCAACGGCAUGCUGACGGAUGCGGUGCCGGCGGCCCUGAUUGCCAUGGCCUAUACGCAAAUCUCGUCCAUGUACUUUGCCCGCAACGAGUACAACAAUAGUCACAUGUGGAGCGUGCAGGCCAUGCGCCACUUGGAAAUGUCCGCGCCCACACGCGUUGCCAUCGAUGUGCUGCGACAGGCGGCCAAGGCCUGCGUGGUGAAGCGUGACUUUGCACGCGCCAAUUUGCUCAUCUGCCAGGCGGUGCGCCGAGCCCGCGAACAAUUUGGGCCCAAUCAUCAGAAAUACGGCGAUGCACUGCUGGAUUAUGGUUUCUUUUUGCUGAACGUCGACUCCGUUUUUCAAUCGGUAAAGGUCUACAAGGAGGCGCUGGCCGUGCGUCGCGGCAUCUUUGGCAACAUGAACUUUCAUGUGGCAAUUGCCCAUGAGGAUCUAUCGUAUGCCUACUAUGUCCAUGAAUAUAGCACUGGCGACUUUAGCUUUGCGCAGGAGCAUGUCGACGAGGCUGUGCACAUCAUGAAGAAUCUGGUGCCGAGCAAUCAUCUGAUGUUGGCAUCGGCCAAGCGUGUUAAGGCCCUGCUGCUGGAGGAGAUAGCGUUGGAUAAAAUUGCCGAUGGCAUGGGUGAUGACGAUCUGCUCGAUCAGUCCGAGGAGCUGCACAAUUUUGCACUCCAACUCUCGCUGGAGGUGUUCGGCGAGGUGAACGUGCAGACGGCCAAGCACUAUGGCAAUCUGGGGCGGCUAUAUCAGACCAUGAAUCGAUUCGAGGAGGCCGAACGUAUGCAUCAGAAGGCGAUCAAGAUCAAAACUGACCUGCUCGGCCCCUACGACUAUGAGGUGGGCCUGUCCAUUGGCCAUCUCGCCUCCCUCUACAACUAUCAGAUGAAGAAAUUCCGUCAGGCCGAGGAUCUAUAUCUGCGCAGCAUCGAUAUAAGCUUGCGUUUGUUUGGACGCAGCUACUCUGGCCUGGAAUAUGAUUAUCUGGGACUGUGCCAUGUCUAUGAGACAUUACACGAAUUCGAGAAGUAUUUGCGCUAUGCUCACAUUCUAGAGAACUGGCAGCUGCUGCGCGGCCAGAAUAUAACACAAAACAAGUCCAGCUAUCCUGCCAUCGAGCUGGAUUACACCAUUGAUCAAGUCAAGACCAAGUUCUUCAGCAUGAACGUCAAACGCGUGCCUACGCCGCCGGAGCCCAGCAAGAAUUGAGUGCAAGCGAAUGGAUCAAAGUGCAUCUGCAAUUGGGUCUUGGUUAGGUGUUCUAUAUACAUGAAACAUACACACACACACACACACACACACACACACACGCAAAUUUAAAUUUUGAUUUAAACAAUGAAAUGUUAACAACAAAAAGUGCAGAAGUAGAAGAACCGAAGAAAUAUUCUAAAUUUAAUUUUGUUACGUUUUGUAUUCCAAACCCAACUCAGGCAACGAAAUGGCCUUGAAAUGAGUUAUCCUCUAAUUUAGAUACACUCAAACACACACACAGAUACACACACCUCGUAAUUGGAUACAAAUACCGAAAAUCUUGUACAUCCAAUAAUCGUUCAUAUUUUAAUUCUAAAAUACGAAUAUAUGAUGUGAUUGCCUAACAUAUAUUGAUAUAUAUAUAUAUAUAUAUACAGUGUGUAUAUAUUGAUUACUGAUAAUCAAUGAAUAUGUUGUUCAAUAAUUUUUUAGACCAAUCGUUUGUUAAAGGAUUUGCAAAUGCAAAAGCUGUAGCACAAUUUAAAAAUUUAAAAAUUACAAAUUAAAUGCUACGCAGACAUAUAAAUAUAAUGAUGUAUAAACAAAUUAGCUGUUUGAUAGUUUAAUAAUACAAUACAUAGUUUAGACGCGACGAUCCAAACACACACAAACACAAGCACAUGAGUGCAUCGGAUCUUUCGAUAUAUAUAUAUAUAUAGAACUAUAUGUAGCGUUGUAUAUGAAUAAUGAUACAUAAUUGUUAAAUACGUACAAAGUAUUUGUAUCAUCAAUCAAUCAAUCAUACGUUAAAUUCCCUCCUCUUCCUCUCUAGACACACGCCGCCCAAUCGUUUGCGGUAUGCGUUUUAAGCUAGCGCCAAGGAAUUGGUUCACUUGAAUUCCAGUUCUUAAACCUAAUCUGUAAUGUCCGUUAGGAGCAGGAGUUAGCUUUUCACUUAACUGUGUGACUCGUGAAGCGAAAAUUACAUAAAUAAGUACACUUUAUACAACUAACGAUACCUAUGCCUAGUACUAUAUAUAUAUAUAAUAUAUAAUAUACAAUAUGUAUAAUUAACGACUUAUAUGCCUAACAACAAUAUUGUAGCCAACAACAAUUUGGCAUUGGCAUCAACUCGAAUGCCCAAUCUCAAAAUCGUAAUAAUAAAAUGUAAAGCAAUAAAAACUAUUUCAAUAAUGAUGUAUAUUAUACAAA